AUGCCGGGUGGCGUCCUCGCAACAUCCGGAGAGGUGGGCAAGGCCUCUGAGGAGGCGUGCGGCGUGCUGACGGUGAGCAACAAGAUCGCUCCCGCGGCGCCAAAGCGGCGUGCGCGCGGCGGCAAGGCCGGCAGCCGCGCGCGCCGGCUCGAGAAAGGCUGCGGCACCUGCGGCUGCUCCUGCGAUCAACAACGCGCGACUCUGCGCGACGGCGCGCGAGCGGCCUGGGUGCGCAUGCGCGCCGCCCGCGCGAAGAUCGGCGCGGCGGUGCGGAGCGCGUGGAG